AUGCUGAGAUACGUGAAUACUGGACAACAAUAUAGAGAACGACGUGAGGACUUUCGGAACUGGGACAAAUACAAAAAUCGAGGCGGAGAAAUAGCCUGGCAGUCAGUUGGUAAAAUUCGAAAAGAUAGUCUGGAGAGACACUUGCAUAGUAAGAAACAAAAUGGGCUCACCUCUGCCGUCCUUAACGCUGCUGAUCGUAAGAUUCGAUUAUUAGCAGAUACAGUCGGGCUUGGCUGCACUAUUCCCUUCCUUGUCAAGAGGCAAGGCCGUCGUAGUAGUAGCUUGCAAGACCAUUACGAAUCCGAAGAGGGAGACUAA